GAAAGAUCCGCAAGAAAUACCAGUCAAAAACACCCGACCAAGUAUAUCCGCCAGCAAGCCAGUAAACCAACCAACUCUUAUUGCCCUCCCAGAUCCAGUUCCUUCUCGCUUCUCGCAACAGCCACCUCCACGGCCAAGGCCCAGCACCAGGGAGGACCUGUCUGACCACACUCUCGGCAUAUGCUUCGGCGGGCAUGGCACCUUCUUGGGAAUGGCCCUGACGACGCAGAUAAUCCUGCUCGACGGGCGAGUAGACGCUUUGGUCCGGCAAGACGCGGGUGACGUGUGCGUUGAUUCUGGAUUUCACUCCCCCGGUGACAACAGUGAUGACUUUGACGCCCAGCGGGGCCAUCUCGACCCGCAGCGUGUUGGCAUAUGCAUGCAAUGCCGCCUUGGAUGCAUUGUAUACGCUCCCAAAGACGUAUGGGAUCACGCCGGCCAGACUGCCUGUCAUGACGAUCGUGCCCUGAGCCAAGAUAAGUAAGGGUGCGAAUACUUGACAUAACCGCAUUACGGCGAAGACGUUGACGUCGAAGAUUCGCUUGGCCUCGGCGAGGUCGAUGUCUAGUGCUGGCAUGACAUAUGAUACACCUGCGUUGUUGACUGAAGAUUUUCACGAGUUGUGAGCAGAAAGAAAGGAAUGGUUUAUAUUGGAAUGGGCAGGAUGUCGGGGCGGUGUUUUGUUUGUCUCGACAGCAACAUACAUACCCAGAUAAUCAAGACCACGACCACCAGUUAACUUCUCGACGCUGGCGACACAUGAGAGGAUCGACUCGUCGUCGUCCACUACCAGUGGAAGUGUCUCUAUGCCUUUUUCGGACAGGCUGGUCAAUUGGCUCGUCGAGCGGGCUGUCGCAAACACACGCAAUCCUUUUGAGUGGAAUGCCAGACUGAGAGCAUGGCCGAUUCCGCCUGGCGCACAGCCGGUGAUCAGCACGGUUUUUCUCGUGUCGGUCGAGGUCAUCGUCGACCUUAUUGAUAGUAAUAUGGGCAGACUGUCUGAUGGAGGAAGCAGGGAGGCACAGGGGACUGUCCUUUCGAUGGAUAGUGUAGAAAUGCAAUGCUCCGAGUCUGCCCGUUGCCAGCACUGUACGGUCGUAUUCCCUCGGAAGCCUGGCUGGCCUCGUUCUGGGCCAAGGAACGUCAACUAUAUAUUCAAGUAGUGGCUUCUUCUGUAUUUACUCGGUACUCCUUAUCAUGACUUUUUGUAUACUUCAAGUUUGAGUAAAACAACAUAUGGAGUUAACAGAAGAAACCCAUUUCCGGUAGUGGUGGAUUGGCAGUGAGUGGAGGCUGGAUUCCCUCGGCUGCUUGCUUACCAACCCGCGUCAUCGGAUCGCUUUGACUGGCCGAAAUAAUAAUGUCAACUAUUUCCCAGAGGUAACCACUGCUCGCCGGAUCUUGAAGAUGAGGACCUCACCAUCCUAGGUACCUUCGUGUAGGUAUACCUGAAGAACUUAUCUAUUCCGUCAUCUAUCUAUCUAUACACGGACAAACCGCCGCGAGCAAUCAUGGCCCUCAACCCAACCAGCCUCGCCUUCCGCGCAGCCCGACCUCUAACUCUCUGCCGACAAGCCGACCCGCGAUCCUAUAUCCAAGCAUGUCGAUCGAUCGUAUCGAGUGCGAGUGCGGCCUCGAUGCCUCCGUUGAUGCGACACAGACAGCAGCAACCACCCUUUGUUGCUGCUGAUAUCGCUACCGCUACCACUACAACUACGCGAGGAACAAGAACCAAACCUUGUCCGCCGACCAGAAGGCGACUAUUUUCCCACAGCGCAGUCCGCCGGGCGACCGUGGUAUUGCAGAAUCCCCGAGUCGACGACGACGGCAACGAGAUGACGAUUGAGAUUUCCGAGCGAGCAGCAAAGCGCCUCAACCAAAUCACAAGCGCACCUCCACAAAAGAAUACUCUCACACAGUCCACCCCGUCCGAAACCCAAAAUCAACAUCUCAGAGUCACAGUCACUUCGGGCGGGUGUCAUGGGUUCCAGUAUUUGAUGUCGCUGGAGGAUGCGUCCAAGAUCGACCCGGAGGAGGAUACUGUGUUUUCGUUUGCGGCCGCCGAGAACAACACAACAAAUGAAGAGAAGGGAGGUGGUCAAGGUCAAGGUCAGGCAAAAGUCGUCAUGGACCAGCCGUCGUUGGAACUGUUAAAGGGAAGCACGGUCGACUUUACCACCGAGUUGAUCGGGAGUCAGUUCAAGAUCGUGGGCAAUCCUAGGGCCACGAGCAGUUGUGGCUGCGGGACGAGUUUUGAUAUUGAGUGAUGGACACCGAACACACGGAAACCCAACGAUGGAGGUCAAUUGUUUGCUUGCCAAUACGGGGAAAGGCAAGACAUAUCGAUUUCACUGGCACUGAAGAAUCGGCCGUGCUCGCUUAGGUCUACGCUGGGAGUCAGUUUGCCGUCAGUGUUCUUGUCGGCCUGCGGCCCUAGCAGCCUCCUUAUCGGUCUGUGUGUCUGGCAACCGCACACCCCCACUCGCUCAGUACCUACAGUCAUGCAAUGCUAUGCUGCACAGCGCUGGGUCCCAUCAAUCCAGGUCUUCUUUGCGCCGUGGUGCAGUGGGUAGAGGUGCCUGCCUUGGCCGAUGAACCUUCUUGCCACUCGCCAAUCCAUAUAUGGGCGGGGCGCGCGCCGUCUCGCAGCAAACAUAGAAACAGCCAUGGCAUCGACUAUGCCCUUUGCUGACCGUUUUCUGCUUAUUCAUCCACAUUCCCUCAAGCGGGAAUAGAUAGAUUACUUACUGCAACGGUUGCAGCCCGCGCCCUGCCAGUGUGCCAUACAGAAAGAACGAAGGGAAGGGACCAAGGCAGGUGAUGUGCAGGAAGUCAAUAUAGAAGAAGAAAAGUUCCAAGGGCCCUGGAAAUCCCCCCACCGCGACCACCACAUUGACAUGGCGAAGAGGGAGAUUCAUGAUACCCUACUCCAAGCCGAGAGCCCAACAAGCCUAUCUCAGGACCGUCAGUCAGUGUGGAGGAGACGAAAAUCAUUGUACAUGUAAUUAGAUCAACAUGCCUACUGAUAGGCCAUCGGGCUCAAUAUGAAGAGAACGAUUUCAACACUCCUCGUGCAUGUUCCCAUCCAUUCCUGAACACCUUGGACCGCAUGGGAACAUGCACGACGAGUGAGGGUGUCAUGAAAACAAGUAGAUUAUGGAAGAUAGCGGGUUGCUCUCCAGCAUAGACGGAACAUAUCUUGUAAUGUUUACAGGAACGCAAAUCAGCAGGAACUUGAACCUUGGGGUACCCAGUCCACCGGCGGUCCACCACUGCUGUCGCCAUAGAACAAGAAUGAAAUACAUUUGCCCAAACAUACCCCGUAGAACGGAACCGGGGGGAGACAACCACCCAGUUCCUCUCUAAUUUGAAAACAAUCCCAAACCCGCUCUUUGUUCAUUCUUCAGCCAGUUCGCCCAGCCCGGCUCAUGGGGCCCCAGUUCUC